AUGGCUGCGGAUGCUGCGGAUGCUCGCUGCAGCAUCCUGCAUCCUCCGCCUCGCCUCCUCCUCCUCCUCCACCUCCACCUCCUCCUCGUCCUGCCCUGCUGGCUGCCGGCGCCGACCUCCGCGCUGCUCGGCGUCCGGCCGGAGGACACCCGGAGCGGGGAGCUGUCCGUGCAGGACGGCGUCCUGAGAGCCACGGAGGGGACUCGCUUCGUGCUGAGGGUGUACUACUCGAACGGGAGCGAGGCGGCGGCGGACUCGGCGCCGUGGAUCGCCUUCGUGGAGGAGGACGGCGGAGGGAGGACCGGCGGGAACCCGUGCGCGGAGGAGAACGCCCGCAGCUCUGACAUUGAGCUGCUGGGCUCCUCCCGGUCCGCGUCCAGCCACAACUCGGUGCUGGUGGAGCUGCUCGCCAAGCACCUCCGCCGGGGCGAGGCGGUGAAGUACUACUCCAUGUGCGCCUUCGACGGCGUCAAGUGGCAACACUUCAGCACCAGGGACUUCUGGCUGGCGGUGGUGGAGAGGCCGGCGGAGGCGGACGCCUGGCUGCAGGCGGGGGUCUCCGUGCUCCUGCUGGGGCUCUCCGCGCUCUGCAGCGGGCUCAACAUCAGCAUGCUGGCCCUGGACCCCGUGGAGCUGCGGGUGCUGCAGAACAGCGGCACGGAGAAGGAGCAGAAGUACGCGCGGAAGAUCGAGUCGGUGCGCAAGCACGGCAACUACAUCCUGUGCACGGUGGUGCUGGGCAACGUGCUCACCAACACCUGCUUCGUGGUGUGGAUGUGUCAGAUCCUGGGCAUGACCCUCCUCUCCACGGCCUCCUGCACUUUAGGGAUAUUCUUCAUCGGGGAGAUCCUGCCUCACUCCGUGGCGUCCCGGCACAGCCUGGCCAUCGCCUCCAAGACCCUCUGCGCCACCCGGCUCCUCAUGCUCCUCUUCCUCCCCAUCGCCUACCCCGUCUCCAAGAUCCUGGACUUCCUUCUCCACCAGGAGAUCAGCAGCUUCUACACCCGGGAGAAGCUGGUGGCCAUGCUGAGAGUCACGGACCCGUACCACGACCUGGUCAAGGAGGAGCUCAACAUCAUCCAAGGGGCCCUGGAGCUGAGGACCAAGACGGUGGAGGACGUCCUCACCCCCUUGUCCGACUGCUACAUGCUGGGCUCGGACGCCGUGUUGGACUUCGGCACCAUGUCCGACGUGAUGCAGAGCGGCUUCACCAGGAUCCCGGUCUACGAGAACGAGCGGUCCAACAUCGUGGACAUCCUGUUCGUGAAGGACCUGGCCUUCGUGGACCCGGACGACUGCACCCCCCUGAAGACCAUCACGGAGUUCUACAAGCAUCCCAUGCACUGCGUCUUCCACGACACCAAGCUGGAUGUGAUGCUGGAGGAAUUCAAGCGAGGCAAGUCGCACCUGGCUGUGGUGCAGAGGGUCAACAAUGAGGGCGAGGGAGACCCCUUCUACGAGGUGAUGGGCAUCGUCACUCUGGAGGACGUCAUAGAGGAGAUCAUCAAGUCGGAAAUCGUGGACGAGACGGAUCUGUACACCGACAAUCGGACCAAAAGGCGAGUGUCUCACCACGAGAGGAAACAGGACUUUUCCAUCUUCAAAGUGGCAGAAAACGAGCUGAAUGUGAAGAUCUCGCCCCAGCUGCUGCUGGCGACGCUUCGCUUCCUGGCCACAGAGGUGGAGCCGUUCAGGCGGUGUCACCUGUCUGAGAAGAUCCUGCUCCGCCUCAUCAAGCAUCCCAGUGUGGUGCAAGAACUCAAGUUCAACCCCAAGAACAAACACGCAGCGCAACACUACCUCUUCCAGAGGAACAAACCUGUCGACUACUUCGUCCUCAUCCUGCAGGGACGAGUGGAGGUAGAAAUCGGAAAGGAGGCCCUCCGCUUUGAAAAUGGAGCAUUUUCCUACUACGGCAUGCCAGCACUCAUCCCACCCCUGCCAGUCGGUCAGAGGUAUUUUUCUCGCAGCAGUGGUCUGAACCAAUCAGAGUCGCUGUUGAGCGGCGGCAGCGUGGGUCAGCUUUCAACAGGAGGGUUCUACCUACCCGACUACUCGGUCCGACAGCUUACAGACCUGCAGGUUAUCAAGAUAUUGAGACCCCACUACCAGAACGCCCUGGCAGCCACGAGAAUGGACAGCUCCCCUCAGACACCGGACCCAGUGGAUGGAGACGCGAAAGGGAGGCCGCCCAUCCCUGAGGCCCGCUCACACAGCAUCGCCCUCUCCCUCACCAACCCACACACCCGCCUGGGGCUGGCACGCCUUGCACAGCUCCAUCCCCACGCGGGCCUGAGACACACCUCACAUCGUAAUGAAAGAAAUCGGAUUGUUCGAAGCAAAUCGGACGGCCAGAGGAGUCCCAACGACACAGUGUUCCUUCGCAUGGAUGACAUUCCCUACAUCCAAGAAGAUCGACCAGAGAAUUAUGGAGAAAAUGAUGUGCCUACGGACUCUCAGCCAUCCACCUCUCCUUACGUCAGCUCUCGCUCGCUCUCCAGCUCGGAGGAGAACAUCGGAAAGAAGCUUUUGCGUAAACUGAGUAACAAAAGGAGGAAAUGGAGUCGAGAUGGAGAGAAGAGUUUGGAGGAAGGAGUGGAGCACCCACCGGCGACAAGCUAGCACAGUAAUGACACACCUCUUCCUUCCCAUCUCAUUGUAACGACUCCCUGGAUGUCCCACACCUCCCUGCAGGAGACGGAGCCUUUACCAUGUAGUGUACUCAGGUCCCGACUGUUCCAGAUCUGCCUCCCUUAGCACCUUCUGUGAUAGCAGAUUGGAAAAAGGAACUAAAAAGGUGGGAAAUAGCACAGUAUUGGAAUAAUCAGCCUUACACUGGGAAACUGAACUACAGCCUCCAAUAGAAGCAAUAAAACACCAGCGAAACAUUAGUAUAACUUAUAUAAUUAUAGCCCUUUUCACACAGAUCCUGAAAACAAGUUGCCUUUUACACAGAACUCAGCAACGUUGCCCUUGUGACAGCGCCAACGUGGAAUGGAAGAGUUGGAAUUGUCAACCUACACUGCAAAUUAUUUGCCACUUGUCAAGAUUUCCAAUUGUGUUUCUAGAAAUGUCCCUAGUUUUAGGAGCUAUUUACUUAUUUUAAGUCAUUAACCUUACAGCAGGGGUGUCAAACUCCCAGUUUUCGUCAUCAUUGUUCAAAUAUUGUAACGUCUGUCGAGACGCUUUGACGACAUGAAUUCCAUCCAUCACUUUACUGAGCAAAACUCUUUAUUGUCGGCCAUAAACACAUCACCAAAACAUUAGUAAAAAAAAUGAUAUCUAGCAAAACCGGUCAUUUUCUGCAGUACAAACCAAACCAAAAGCAACUUUGUUAUAUCAACAGCAGCCGCUCGCUCUUUCUCACUUGCGCCAACACAUGCACAUAUGGCACUUAGCCAGUGAUGCGUUUACAGCCACACACAAAGUCGGACAACUCCAACACCACACAUAAAGUGUCAUUCCAGGUCGUUACACUAUGAUUUACCAAUCAAAUGUGUGCUUAUACUAGUGUCAUUUAUUAGGAAUCUUAAUUUAUAAAUAUUAAUCAUGAAAUGCUGUUAGUAUAUUAAAAAAAUACUAAUAAAAAUAUAUUUUUUACAAACAGGAAGUUGCAGGAAUGUACACAUGAUCCCCUGCUUACAUCUCAUUGUGAAACAUGUGAAUGUUUUAAUGGGAACUAAAUGCAAUGUCUGAAAGGAGUACAAAUUAUUUCCAAAGCAGGACCUCCACCCAGACAAACAAUACAAGUACACAGUUCAUGAAAAACAAUAUUUGUUGUUAUUGUCAUUGUAAGUGGGCCUAAACUCUUUUAUUAGAAAAUAACCUCAUGAGAAUGACUGUUGUCAUUUGAUUAUAAUGAUAAGAGAAUGUUGUCUGUCUAUCUGUGUUGGCCCUGCGAUGAGGUGGGGACUUGUCCAGGGUGUACACCGCCUUCCGCCCGAAUGCAGCUGAGAUAGGCUCCAGCACCCCCCGCCGCCCCUAAAGGGACAAGCGGUAGAAAAUGGAUGGAUGGAUGGAGUUUGAACAUGCAAACUCCACACAGAAAGACCCAGAACCCCGGGAUCGCACACAGAACCUUCUUAUUGUCCAAUCCAAUCCAAUUCAUUGUGAGAAACUAGCACUUGUGGGGCAGCACGGUGAUACAGGGGUUGGUGCGUGUGCCUCACAAUACAAAGGCCCUGGGUUCGAUCCUGGGCUCGGGAUCUUUCUGUGUGGAGUUUGCAUGUUCUCCCCGUGACUGCGUGGGUUCCCUCCAGGUACUCCGGCUUCCUCCAACCUCCAAAGACAUGCACCUGGGGAUAGGUUGAUUGGCAACGCUAAAUCGGCCCUCGUGUGUGAAUGUGAGUGUGAAUGUUGUCUGUCUAUCUGUGUUGGCCCUGCGAUGAGGUGGCGACUUGUCCAGCUGAGAUAGGCUCCAGCACCCCCCGCAACCCCGAACGGGACAAGCCGUAGAAAAUGGAUGGAUGGAUAUUCUGUUUGUGGCCCUCGCUGGAAAAAAGUUUGGACACCCUGGUUUCGCUUCUUAAAAGCGCUCACACUUCUGCUUUUGCUCAGUUGCGCGUAAAAAGUGAAAAGAGGGCGAGGGCGUACUGCUGGAGCUCCCGCUAUUUUGCAGCGUCCUUGUAAUAGCGGUGUUCCUUCUGUGUGAAAUGCACAACCAAAUAAAUGCAGGAUGCAGCAAAUUCACAGGAUUUCUGUGUGAAAGGGGCUGGUAUACAGAACACGUAAUUAAUAAUAAAUAAAUAGCAUUACAUCCUAUAUAUAUUUAGUGAGCAGUGUAAAAGGUGCUAGUCUUCUUCAUCUCUGUCAGAGCAUGUUCUCGAGACGGAUAUUGUCCCGAAAAGUUGGUGAAUAUUUGUAGAAAAUGUACAUAUUUCACAUUUGUUUUCUGCAGUUAUUUUUGAAAUGAUGGCAUUUUAUAGCAUGUUCUUGGGAAAAAAAUGUAGUAUUCUUAUAGUCUCUCCGUUAGAUUGUCAGUGGAGAUGUGACAAACAAUUUAGGAUUCCAUUCAAAAGUGAUUUUCGUAAUUAUUUGGUAUAAAAAAUGUAAUAAAACCUUUCCAAAACAGAUUACAUGUAAAAAAAAAAAAAUAAAUAAAAAAGAAUAAAUCAGCGAGCAAGCACGGAAAUGACCUAAAAAACGCUUUAAUUUUUUUUAUUUAGAUUCUUGAAAAUUAUGAAUUGAUUCAGAAUCUUAAUAAAAAAAUAUAUUUUGAUAUAAAAAAAAAUUCAGCACGCCUAUAUACCGGUGCUCAAAACUUUGCACGAUGUCCUACUAGAUCAUGAGAACAUGUUGACAGUAUGCAUGAGGUCAAUGCAGCAAAUCCAAUGACAUUAUGGAUUUAUUAGGAGGCAGUUUUGCACAGCUGCCAAACCCUCGCCAUCAUGGUGCCAUAAACUGCCAACGUGAAGAUUACUGCCAUACUAUUAUUGGACACACAUUCUACAGAUUUUUAAAAAGAAGAGCCAUAUUGUCUUGAACUUGAACGACAACUAAUUGUAACUCCCACAGCCUUUAAAAGGGGUUUGCACAAUUUUCAACAUGUGUAAGGCAUAUAUCUCAUUUUUUAUAUUACCAAAUAGGCAAUGAAAAAGAGCAAUAUAUAUGUACAGUAUAUAUCAGGGGUCACCAACGCGGUGCCCGCGGGCACCAGGUAGCCCGUAAGGACCAGAUGAGUAGCCCGCUGGCCUGUUCUAAAAAUAGCUCAAAUAGCAGCACUUACCAGUGAGCUGCCUCUAUUUUUUAAAUGUUAUUUAUUUACUAGCAAGCUGGUCUCGCUUUGCUCAACAUUUUUAAUUCUAAGAGGGACAAAACUGAAAUAGAAUUUGAAAAUCCAAGAAAAUAUUUUAAAGACUUGGUCUUCACUUGUUUAAAUAAAUUCAUUAAUUUUUUUACUUUGCUUCUUAUAACAUUCAGAAAGACAAUUUUAGAGAAAACAUACAACCUUAAAAAUGAUUUUAGGACUUUUAAACACAUAUACCUUUUUACCUUUUAAAUUCCUUCCUCUUCUUUCCUGACAAUUUAAAUCAAUGUUCAAGUAAAUGUAUUGUUUUUAUUGUAAAGAAUAAUACAUUAAUUUUAAUUUAAUUCUUCAUUUUAGCUUCUGUUUUUUUGACGAAGAAUAUUUGUGAAAUAUUUCUUCAAACUUAUUAUGAUUCAAAUUCAAAAAAAUUAUUCUGGCAAAUCUACAAAAUCUGUAGAAUCAAAUUUAAAUCUUGUUUCAAAGUCUUUUGAAUUUCUUUUAAAAAUAUUGUUCUGGAAAAUCUAGAAGAAAUAAUGAUGUUUUUGUUAGAAAUAUA